UUAUUGUUGCUGUAGUUUUGUUGUCUACUCGAGUUCACUCCGCUUCGUCAUUUACCGCCGUGUUCAACAUUGGAAUAGUCCGUGUGUGUGUGUGUGUGUGUGUGUAUUAACAGUUAAUGUGUGGAAAAUGGCUCCUGGAAUCAACAAGCAAAAGCUCGUGAAUACAACGAGACAGUAUUUACACGCUGUGAACAUGAAUUUCUCCUUCAACCAACUGAAGUACAUCAUGACCUUGGUGGCACUGUUCGUUGUGUUCUGUCAACUGCUGAUCAUGGUAUAUCCGUCAUCUAGUCCUGUUAGCUUGCAAACCAUGACUAGUGGGACUGCUCAGGACCUCGUGUUGGUGUUGGAUGAGAACAUGCCGGUCUCAACAUAUUAUGGCUAUCUGUUGGAGAAGUUCUCCGAGAACUUUCCUUCAAAGCCUCUUGAGGAGAAAUGUGCCUUGUACUUUGAUGAGCUCUACAAGAGGGAUGAGAACUGGGAAGUUAUGGACCCUGAUAGUAAUGCGGAUAAGGACUAUCAGAUGGACUCAUACGAUCAUGAUAGAUACAUCCGCCGAAAGAGUGAAGACUGGAAGAACCAUCGUAAGGACGAAUGGAAAAAGGAACACGGGGAGCUUCCAGAUGAGCUUCCAGAUGAACUGAAACAAGAACCACCAGAGGAUGUGAUAGCUGGCUUCGAAAAUGACUUUAUCACAAUGAGAGAUAAAUCAUUCAAGAUUGAACAAAACAUAGUUGAUGCUGUUACACAUCUCAGAGUCUUCGGAAAGUGCUAUUUGAAUUAUAACUCUCCAAUCUCAUCACUCUUUGGAACUUCUGUCGAGAGUACACUGUCAGAUGGCAGUACAAGCAUAUGUGAGGAUGUUGAACAGAGACUUUUUCCGUGGCUGUCUAAGGAAUUCCCAACUUUUAAGAGAUGGGAUGGAACUUUGAUCAAAGGUAUUCCAAGGAUGUCGAACUAUAUCAAAUACGAUGAUGAUGAGGACAUCAUCCUUGGUGCAGAGGAUACUUUACUUACUCCGGAAGACGUGAUUCUUGAACCACAAGACAAAGAUUACUUGACUGAUGACGGAUCAUCAGAAAAAUUACAACACUCUAAGCUGUUCAAAAGAUCUACAAAGAGUAAAUGCUUUAUGAACGAUUGGAGAAACGCCCUCAACGGUCGAGGGAUCAUUUUAUCAGUUGCUGAUAAGUACAAAGAUGACGUUAUCGGUCUUAUUAAAGUACUCAGGGCCUUGAACAACCGAUUGCCGAUUCAGGUGGUACACAAGGGAGAUCUUAGCGAAAGCGCUCAGGAUGAGUUAAUCGAGGCUGCAAGAGCAGACGAUCCAGAUGUCCCAUUGUACGUUUAUGAGAAGGUUCGUGAUUUCGUGCCUCAUAACUUUCCAAAGCAAGAAAUUUGGUUUGUCAACGCAAACAGAUGUAUCAAGAAAGAGUAUCGUGACCGCUUUGGUGGAUAUGCCAAUAAGCUGAUUGCAUUUCUGUUCAACUCUUUUGAUGAAACAAUCCUGUUUGAUACUGAUUCCGUGCCAUUUGUGAAACCUAGUUAUUUCUUUGAUAUGGGACCAUACCAAAGAACCGGUAUUCUAUUCUUCAAGGAUAGAUAUACCGAUGAACACUUUAGUGACUUGAACCGGAACUUUAUGUUGAAACUGUUCCCAACAGCUAUUGAUGAAGCCCUCUUUGACAUUCCAAGAACCACAAACUUUACCCUUAACAACAGAUACAUUAAAGAAAAAUCUAAUCAUUUCAUGGAGGCUGGAAUUGUUGCUAUGAGAAGACCACAACAUUUUGCAGGUAUUUUGACAAUGAUUCAGCUGAAUCUGUGGAAGCCAGUUACUGAUAAAAUUCACGGUGAAAAGGAGCUAUUCUGGAUUGGGCAGUCAGCUGCAGGGGAUGAGAACUACGAAUUCAACAAGCAUGAUGUCGUCAGUGCUGGAAUAGUUACUUCACUAGAUACCAGACCUAAGGGUGCAAUUGCUAACGAGAUUUGCUCUACGCAUCCUGGUCAUUUGAGUGGUGAAGAUGACUACACGCUCUUAUGGGUCAACUCUGGUAUGAAGUACUGUAAGAUUAGUGGUACAUGGGAUAGGGAUGUGCAAGAUACAAGGUACAAGAAUGAUUAUAAAACAGCCGAGGACCUUAAGAAAAUGUACAAUGGCCCAGUUAGGAUCAAUGCAGUGUUACAUCCUCCUGGUGGUGACCUUCAUCUCCCAAACAACUUUGAAGAACCAGAAAAGGGGUGGUAUAUCACACACUAUUGUAAAAACUACCUGUGGUGUGCUUACGACGUGAUUGGUGCUUCUUUUGAGCCAGUCAAUCGUGGAUUCAUUAUACACUACGACCAGAUCACUGAGAACAAAAUCGAAUACAUCGGUAAGCUUUGGCUGCUUGAUGAUCUUUCGAAAUUGAGUGAAUACCGAUGGGAGCUUGAAAGGGAUAAAGAAAAUAAGAUAGUAUAUGCUGCAAAGAAGGCUGAAGAAGAAGAGGAAGAGAAAAAGAAACAGGAAGAAGAAGAGAAAAAGAAGAAGGAAGAAGAAGAGAAGAAGAAGAAGGAAGAAGAGGACAAGCAGGAAGAAGAAGAAGAGAACGAAGCUACUGAGACAAACGGAGAGUAAGCUGCUGAGAGGUCGAAAGACGAUAACAUGAGGAGAAUAAGUUGUCCGGAAAUGGGAAGGAAAUACAACGUUAAAGGGAAAACCUCAUAAACAGUAUAUCGGACCAUUGGAUAACGGAAAGAUAGAGCUUGCGUUUAUGAAAUUGCUGUUUUGCACGGUAUAUUCUGUGGAAAAUCAUAAUGCAGAAUCAUUAGAACGAAUCAUUACAACAAGUCAUUAAUCAAUGCAUCCAAUUAUUUGAUCAA